AACACUGGUGGUUCAAUAAUAUCAGAUUAGUGAUUUAGAGUGGCGAUGGAGCCUGGGAUUAGUGAAUUGAAGUGAAACUAGAUUUUUUGAAGCUGUUUGUAAUGGAAGACUGCUGUCAAAAACGGUUUCUUUCGACCCAGGAAAAUCCCAUCGCAACAUUCUUCAAAAAAUCUAUCACCCGAGUGAAAAGGUGUCGCCAUGGACGAACUGAGGAGAAAGCUCGAGCUGCUAGAGGAGCGAAACAAACGAUGGCGGGCGCAACAGCACGAAAAUGAGGAGAGAAUCCGGCUGGAUUAUAAACGCAAAUUAAAACAAUUGGAUGAGGACUACGAGACAGCGGCAAGGGAACUUGAUGUAGAAUUUGAUGCACGUAGGAAAGCAAUAGUAUUAAAAUAUUGCGGGCCGAGAAUCUGUGAAAAGUCAUUGAACGAAGAAGAAAAGCGAAUAUCUAACAGCAACGAAACAAAAUCAGACGAUGAAUUGGAUAGAGCAUUUUGUUUGGACACCGCAGCUUCCCACCAGACUGCUACCUAUCAAACACAAACCGUUCUGUUCCCGCACGUAUCGGAAGACAAAAGCAGUGAAAUUGAACUGAUAGGUAAAGCUCUGCAAAGCACUAGUUAUGAAGCGGCGACAGUUGUGCACCGUCCUGAUCAUCGAGAAAACUCGAAUGAAUGCAUCAAUUCGUAUACCGUCGCACAGAAUGAAGGCAGAAACGAAUUCGUUUACACAGGAGCUAUGGACGAUUAUGCGUGCAACCCGAAACAAAGCGAUUUGUUUGGUGCGCCGAAGAAAAUUGUGAGAGGAAUCGUGGAUCGUUUUGUCAAAAUAAUGGUUUUUGAUCCAGGUGGAUUUAUAGGAACAUUUUUUUUUGAGAAGGUGAAAUUUAGAAACACUAAAUAUACCAGUUUGUUACUAGUUUCACGGGUGGGAGUGUUGAGAGGAGUUUAAUAAGUUGAGUGAAACUGGCAACACUGGUGGUUCAAUAAUAUCAGAUUAGUGAUUUAGAGUGGCGAUGGAGCCUGGGAUUAGUGAAUUGAAGUGAAACUAGAUUGUAAAUCAUGCACAUGUAUAUUGAG